AUGUUUCGCUCAUUACAAUCGCAACCACGUAUCAUCACCCUUUUCUGUGGUGAUAUGAGUCGUAAUCGUACAGCUACCAACAUCUUAAAUUAUUUACGUGAUAAACAAAAUGGAAAAGUAAUCGAUGUUGAAGUACAUGAUCAAUUUCCUACAAGAGACCAACUUCAAUAUAUGUAUAGAACUGAUUCAAAACUAUUGAGUCAUGAAGUUAAUGGACUCGGUAAUCUACUAAAAACAGCACCACCUCAGCCACCGUUUGGACAGUCAUUAGCUGAUGCCGCCACUGCUGGUGUCUGGAACAACGGCGCACUAUGGGUAGACUGGGAGAAACAGAAGAUGGGUAAUACUCUACGAUCCAUCGAAUCUCAUUUAAAAUAG